AUGAGUGCAGACGCAGGUUCUUCGAGCUCCGUUGGAGCGACUAGUACGGCUAAGCCUAGCCGGGUGCAAGGACAGGAAACAGGCUCAAAGGAUACAAUGAACUACAAGAUUAUUAUGCCAACGAUUCCAACAGGUACUGUGACACGUAACACCCUGUUUUUGCAUGGAAACCCCGAAGGAAGACCAUAUAACGUAGGCCAUUUUGGGCAGGCGCUGGAAGGCUUAGUAAAGAAGGAAGACGUAUCAAACUUCGGGGUUUAUCAGUACAAUCAUGUUUGGGUUAUCAGCUUCCGGAGUGCAAUAGCAAAGGAAAGGUUGCUGGCUAUGAAGGAGUUAGAGGUCAAAGGGCAAAGAUGUAUGGUUAUCGACCCAAACCGCACGGAAAUAGAAAUUAAGAUUCACUGGAUCCCAGGAAAUGUGUCGGACGAAGCGCUUCAGAAGGCGUUAGAAAAGUAUGGAAAUGUUAAAGAAAUAAGACGAGAAAAAUGGAAAGGCUCCUUUUUCGAAGGGAUAGAUACCACAACACGGCAGGUCACGAUUCGGCUUCAUGAGGGAGUCUCAGCUACGAACUUGCCGCACCAAACUUUCGUAGAGGGCUGUCGUGUGCUGUUCUCUGUGCCAGGCCGACCGCCAAUGUGCCUCAGAUGUAAACAAAUAGGACACAUCAGAAAACAGUGCCACACCCCUUGGUGUAAAACGUGUCGCAGCUAUGGUCAUUUAGACGAAGAGUGCGUUGGGACGUAUGCCUCAAGAGUAAGAAAGAAUAACGAACAAGAAAGUGAGUUUCACAUAGCGGACCCGAAUGAAGAAAAUAAACAGCGCGGAACAGAGGCUGACAAAGAUGACGUUGUAGGCCGAGAUUUGCGAGAAAGGAAUGCUCAGUUACAGGAGCAGGAAGGACAGGUUGAUGAAAGUGGCACUGAUGAGGAAAUGAAAGAGGCAGAGGUAGCACAAAAGAGAAAAGGUAGCACAAAAGAGGUUGUUGCUGAACUGAGCGAAAACAAAGCUCAACAGUGGUCUACAACGAAAGGAAAGAGACUAAAAUCGAGCAGUAAUUUGGGGUUGAGACUUCUUCCAACGCAAACUGACUUGUCCCAGUUGGAAGAUGCAAAUUUUUUGACAACAUAG